AAGUUCGGAAGGCGGAAAUAGCUAUUGGACGGAUUCUUGCAAUCAAGAGUUAAACCAGCACUAUGUCAAAUGGGACCUUCACCUUUAAAGACAGGUGUGUUUCUGUGCUGUGCUGCAGGUUCUGUGAUCAGGUGCUGAGCAUCCGAGGAAUGAGGGCCCAGCUACUGGCGGGUACAGACCAGGAGAUGUUUUCCACUGAUAUUCCUCCCACCAAGGCUGUAGACUUUGUGGGAAGCUGUUAUUUCUUGGAAGCAUGCAAAUGCAAACUGAAAAAUAUUGCAUGUCUGAAAUGUGGUAAUGAAGUUGGCUACCAUGUGGUAGCUCCAUGCCAGCACUGCCUCCUGUCCUGUAACAAUGGACAUUUCUGGAUGUUCCAAAGCAAGUCGGUUUGUGGUACUGCCCGGUCAGAUGCUUCAGGAACAAAUAUGUUGCUUUGGCGAGACCUUCCAGAUACAGAUGAGGAGCAUGAAGAACUGUUCAUUGGCCGAGAAGAAGACCAAGAACAGUACCUGAGAUAGCAAACCCUUUGCUCAGAACUGUGUUUUUGUGUACGCAAGGAGAACUCUGCAUUAUGUGUGGGAGGUGCAUAUCCAGUACAAAUAAGAUGGAAUUUUAAACCAUAGCAGCACUUAUAUUGUACAGAAUAUUUCACGGAAUAUCAUAAGAGAGUGACUAUGAUUUCUCUAUGGAUUACCCAAUUUUUUGCUAUACAUGAAGUGGAUGCAGCUUUUUGCUUUGAUUUUGAGAUAUUCUUUGAAAUGCGCUAGCAGUUUACAUUACUACUAAUGCCUUUUAUCCUUCCAGAUGUAGUUAUAUUACAUCUCCCAGAAUGUAACAACAGUUUGUAUACAAGUAUGGUGGACAACAGUUGUAUACAAGUAUGGUGGACAUGACUUGUGGCACAGUUUUUCUUCAAGACAAGAGCAGAAAGAUUCUAGCAUAAACCCAUAUGCUAAUGCCCAUCCUUUUGUGCAACAGCCAGUGUCUGAGACCUACAUAAUGUGACUGCCAUAUUUUCUUUUUAUGUUUUUUAAUUCUUGGAGAUAUAUUAGAAAUAACUUAACCAACUAAUGCACUUAAAUUUUAUUCAAUGCAUGUUAAAAGUCACUGAUUGUUGAUUAAACGGGCCUGGGACAGUUGUGGCCAGAUACUCCGAUAUUAUUCCUAGGCUUAUUUCACUUGCUCUGUCAACCCAAUUCAUAUGCUUGUGCUGAACAUUUGCUUCCAGAGAGGCAUUCCCAUUGCCUCACCCACCACUGUCUGUCUGUACAGUAUGGAUUUCACAGAGUGAGAAUCACUCGCAUGACAAAUUUUUAUUAUAGAUAACAAUACAAUUGCUUACAAAGCAAAUAUAAAAUCAAGAACAAGAAAAAUUAAAAACUGCAAAUAUUCAAAAAAAAAAAUGUGCAAAUUGUAAUAGCUCAAUUCUGGUACCCAACACAUUAUUAUCCUUUAUUUAUAAGUAUCAUUAAACACCAGUGUAAA